UUAAGUAGAUAAAAUAGAAACCGUCUGCUUUGCAACUUGUUGUCACUGUUGACACUGUUGUGCAUUGUGCGCGCUUUCGCGAAUCUUCAGGAAGCAGAAAAAAUUGUUACUACAGCCAUAAUUAAUACAAUAAGUAUUGUACCUAAAAAAGUUGAUUCCUCAAAUAAAAUGCAAUAAACAAAACAAAUGGAAAAAAUUCUGUAAAGCACAUAAUUCAUUUCAUCGGCGUCUCAAAUCCAAAAUGCUACCUGGCAUCGGAGUUUUCGGUACAGGUAGUGUAGUUAAAGUGUUCAUACCCUUCCUCAGGGAAAAGGGCUUCAAAAUCGAGGCCAUAUGGGGCCGCACGAUAGCCGAAGCGUCGGACGCAGCCUUGGAACUUGGCAUCCCCUUUCAUACGAGCAGAAUCGACGAUGUUCUACUCCGACGAGACGUCGACCUCAUAUUUAUCAUGUGUUCACCGAGUUUGCAUGCGCAAAUUGCCGUCAAAGCUCUGGGAAUAGGCAAACACGUCGUCUGCGACAAGCCCGCUGGGCUCAGCCAGAGCGAAGCUCUCAAGAUGGUCAAGGCUGCCCAGUACUAUCCCUCCCUUAUCAGCAUUGUUAAUCACAGUUUACGCUUUUUGCCUGCAUUUACUAAGAUGAAGAAGGAAUUGGAAGAAGGAUAUUUAUCUGGUCCAAUCUCUGUUGUUGACAUCAGAGUUCAGAUGGGUAGUUUGCUGAAAGAUGGGUAUGACUGGUUAUGCGAUGAAACAAUGGGAGGAGGAAUUUUAUCUGUGGUAGGCAGUCAUGUUAUAGAUUUGAUAUCUUAUCUAACACAUCAAAAAGCCAUUAGGGUUCAUGCAGUCGUAAGAACCUUUACCACAACAACAAAACACAUUAAAGGCAUUAGGCACAUAACAGCUCCAGAUUUUUGUUCCUUUCAAAUGGAACUCAGUGGAGGUACAAUGGUCACGGCUACUUUGAGCAAUCACUUACCUGGUCAGUUAUGCCAGGAAGUUCUUAUUUGUGGCCCAGGUGGUCACUUGGUUGUGAAAGGCGGAGACUUGUAUGGCUGCAAAGGACACCAGGAAGAGGUGUUGUAUCUUGAUGAAGUUAAUGCCCAGGAUACAUCUUCAGUUGCAGAUUUCAUUCCUCGGCCUUACAUUAAAGGUCUUCAAAAAAUUAUUGAUGCUCUGAGAGAAGCUUUUCAACCUGUGGAGGAUAAAAGGGGAUGGAUAAACGAGCCUGUAUCUAGAGCUGCUACUUUUGAUGAUGGCUUGUAUGUUCAAGCUGUGAUUGAUGCUCUGAAAAUAAGUAGUAAGAAAAGAGAAUGGACCAGGGUUAUUGUAAUGACUGAGGAGCCAGAUCCAAAUCCGUUGCUGAGUGCAGCUGUCAGGGCUACUGCAAUAUCGAUUUAAAAAUGACAAGUGGUUUUUUACUUAAUUUUAAAACUUAAUAUUGUAACAUGAAGUUUCGAUAAAACUCGGACUCCACAAGAUUUGAUUGUGAAAAUAUCCAAUCACUUAACGUGUGUCACACCAAAUGCAGUAUAUAUAGGCGAUAAGACACAAAAUCAGCGAUACCUAGUACAAAAUGUAGCUUUUACGUAGCGGGCAAUUUUUUGAA